UAGAAAGGCUGUUCACAUCAGAUUACACAUUGCUUUGUUUAAUCGAACAUCUAAAAUCUGAAGCCACAGAUGAACAAGGAGCAAUCGACCAGUCAGUUGUAACAUUCAAUGUUACAAAUAUGUAACAUUUACUAAAUCCAAUAAGAAAGAAGAAAGUCAAUAAUUUGCACUUGCUAGCCAUAAAGGUCACUAGUUGUGCAGUUUUCGUCGUGUUGACUGUUUCAACAACGUUAGCUGCAUUGAAAAACAUUGAAAGACACUGUGUACAAUGCUUCAAAAUCCAUCAGCGGAGAGGAACAAGGGCCCAAUCUUGGAGGUUUUGAAGACUUACAUAGAUGAUGAUUUUAGAGGCAAGGCUAUGGACUUUUCUGCAGGGGCUGGUGUUCAGUUGGUCCACUUCGCCUCUCACUUCACCAAUGUCGCCUGGCAACCCACAGAACUUGAUCCACAGUGUCUGGACAGCAUAAAAGCUUACAUUCAACACAAGAAACUGCACAAUGUACUGGAGCCAUUUCAGGUUGAUGCUCGGGAGCCAGUAGAGGGCUGGGCAAUGGGACAGCUCGAGGCCAGUUCCUUUGACUUCAUCAUCAGCAUCAACUUAAUUCAUAUAUCACCAUGGUCAGCUGCUCAGGGUCUGUUCAAAGGGGCUGGCUUACUGUUAAAACAGAAUGGUUAUCUGUUUACAUAUGGGCCCUAUGCAGUGAAUGGAUCACUUACUCCUGACAGCAACGUGAUGUUUGACCAGAGCCUGAAGAGCAGAAAUUCAGAAUGGGGAAUUAGAGAUGUUGAGGACCUGAAGAAAUUAGCUGCUCAGAAUGGAUUGUCACUGGAGAAAAUGAUUGAUCGCCCUGCCAAUAACAAAGUGUUAGUCUUUAAGAGGAGCAAGUCAUGAUAAAGUGUUGAAAUCAUAAAGCACAAACUGUUCAUAAAAGGAUUUUAACCACGAGAAAACAAAGGUCUGGAAAACUGGGACCCAUUCUGUAACAGACUAUUGAUAUUCCUAUGUAUGCGACAGGGUAAUAUUAUUCUCCCUGAACAUUUCUAUACUGUACUUGUAUAUGUAUCUUUGUUUUCAUUUUUCAAAGAAAUGUUACUGGAGAAAGUCCCAUUUGUAUUUUUUGUAAUACAUGUAGCUUGAAUGGAUUAGUGUUUUGACUAACCAAAAUGUGUGUUCGAGACGAUGUCACUUCACCAAAAGGGUUUAUGCUAUAAAUAAACCUUUUUAAAGGCUUGUUGAUGUCAAUAGAUGCGCUUCAAAACUUUGAUAAUAGUAUGUACAAUUAAAGAAAGUAGAAGGAGCAGUGUUUUGCUGUGGUAUUUUGACUAAUCCUGCUAAACAAGUUUUGCUGUGUAGUGACCCUAAUGUUAAAGUUACUGGCGCGAACUAUUCAGUUGUGUUGCACAUACCAGCACUGCAAUGUGGAAUAGUUGCUCGAGUAGUUAAUAAUAUUUUUUUGUAUGCAAGCCCAAGUGAAUCUUGGGAUAAUGUUACUUUAACAGUAUAACUUUAAUGAUU